AUGGACGUGAGCUCAGCCAUGGAAAAGAUAUCUAUGAAGCAGACUGCAGGAGGAGCAGGAGAAGCAGGAGAAGCAGGAGGAGCAGGAGGAGCAGCAGGAGCAGGAGGAGCAGCAGGAGGAGCAGCAGUGUGUCUCGUAUGUAAAGAGAGCUGCUCUGGAUUCCAGCCACAUUCUUGGAGGAAGGCCUGUGUGGCCUGCGGCUGCAGCACGGUCGACCACGCCCCUGGAGGUGACCUUGAGGAUGACCAGCGAAUGGGACGCCUGCUCGCAGACUCACCCUGCUCCCACUUGACAGCGAAGGUCAAGGGAGGUGGCGGCCUUCGCAUGUACAAGAGGAACCGUAUGAUCGUGACAAAUCCGGUGGUGUCACGCAAAGACCCGACCUUCAGCACCACGACAUACGACUGGGCGCCGGCCGGCUUCAACCAGAAACUGGCCAUGACGUACAUGGAGCUAAUCCCGGAGAGUCUGCGUCCGGUCUCGGGGACUGAUGGAGCGUCUGAGCGACGCCGGCAGCUCCUCAGCCAGCUCCCCGCCUACGACCAGGACCCCAUGAAGUGUCAGAGCCUGGCCAGUGAGGAGGAGAUUUCCUCCAUGCUGCUGUUUGUGAAGAACUACAAACAGGAAGCGCUGGGCGUCGGAGAGGUGGCCUUACCUGGCGAGGGCGGAGCUCUGAGGGAAGCAGCCAAUCAGAGGACAGCGAAGGAAGCGAAGGAUCGCAGCAACAGUGAUAAGAAAGAUGGUCUGGAGCAUCAGGACCACGGCUCCACGAGUAGCAGCGCUUCCUCUGCUACUGGUUCCACUAACGGCACCGAUAACACCAAGACUGAUCAUCGGUGCUCUGGUUGCCAUGGCGAGGUUGCCACGGAGAGUCCAGCUGUUUAUGCUGAGCGUGCGGGUUACCAUAGCGCCCUGUGGCAUCCCACCUGCUUCGUGUGUUCAGAGUGUGGCCAGGGAUUGGUGGACCUCGUCUACUUCUGGUCCAAUCAGAAGCUGCUCUGCGGACGACACUACUGUCAGACGGUUUGGCCGCGAUGCUCCGGAUGUGAUGAGUUGAUCUUCUGCCAGUCUCUCCAUAAAGCGAAAGAUGGACGGACAUGGCAUCUUCAUCACUGCUGCUGCUGGAAGUGCGGACAAAACCUGGAAACCCCCUGUCAGCACUGAGACACUCAGUAUUAUUCUAACCAGUAUAAUGAAGCACUGCUCGGAAACCGAAUGACAACGUGACUCAGAUACAUUGAAGCAGACAAAAAGGCAAAGUAAUAUUGUUUAUUAGCUUGUUAUAUAACAAGCAAUGAAUAAAUAAUGGAGAAUAAUUUGAUAAAAUGUCCACUUGAUGUAUUUGCGUUUAUAAUACUAGAGAUUUUGUGUUUAAAGUACUUAGAGAAACAGUUUGUGGAUUUAUUAGCACUUGGAGUUCUCACAGUGACGGGAGCCAGAUGUUCUGUUUCAGAUACAAACUGAGAGUCAGAGGAGCGAAAUGAGACAUAUUAAUAAUAAAUAAUAUAAUAACAAAUCAUUUGAUUAGAUACAUUGUUAAACAAUUUUAACUUUAUGUCCAUUUGUAAAGUGUCGUUGUCAUUAUUAUCUUUUAUGGAGUCAAAAGAAAAAAAUUGAAGUUAAUUAAAAAGAGAUGGUUGUGGAUCAUAAUAAUAAAAUUUAUAAGAAUAUGGAAAUAACUCUUACUCUGUGUUUGUGGCUAACUGAGAGUUUUAUUGUUAUGUUAACAUUAAUGUCAGUGAAACUAAACCUAAAACCUUUAACCAAACGUGUUAAUGAUAAUUUCUUUAAACUACUUAAAUUUUUAGGUUUGGAUUUGUGCAGCUUUGUGUUUCACGUAUUAACAUUUAUUUCAAGCAGAUAUAAUCUUGUUGUUUAGCUCUAACCUCAGAGAACUGGAUAUUUAAAUAGCUGGAAAAGGCGUAACACUAAUUAGCAAUUAGCAAUAAUAGUAGCCUGCAUAGCUGAAUGUUUUUAUUAGAUUUCAAGCUGAAUGUUUUUAACUGACGUUUGGUUGUGUGUUGAACUAACAGAAAAAAAAGUUUAAAAAGUUUGAUUUUACCACCAAUUGAUAUGUGAUUUUCUUCAGAUUUAUUCAACAGUUUGGAUCUCUGCUGCUGCUUAAUGCUGCUUUAUUCAGGUUGUAUCACUCAUUGAGUUUUAUUUUCUAAACAAAGUUAUAAAAAUGAUAAUCCUACAGGUCAAUGAAGAGUGAGAAGAAUGUGUUGAGGGAAAUAAAAGUUUCUGGCCAAACAAAAUCCCUAAAAACAAGCGAGCCAGAAAUAAAACCGUCCUUACACAGACGGUAGCUUAACGUUAUUUCUAAGAUAUAAUUAAUGUCAGCUAAUAUUUGCUUGUGUUGUUUUUUUUUAAUCCUUUUUUUUUUAAUCCUUCCUUCCUUCCUUCCUUUCCUUUACUUUUCAAACGGAUUGCUGCUAAAAUGCUAACUCUUCAGAAACAAUGACAAUAUACUGUUUGACGUGAUUAGCUUAAGAUGUAAAAUAUCAACAAUACUGUUCAAUGCGAUGCUAUCGAAGACGUGAUAAUGUAGAAAGUUAAAUCUUUUUUUAAUAUAGAUUAUGGUUCCAUCAUGUAUGAGGUCUUUAGCGUAGCUUAGCAUUGAUGAAAUGUUAAGUGGAUGAUACAUUUUUUGUUGACGAACAUUUUCCUUCACCAGCUUUGGAGUGAAUGUUGUGUUUUGUCUUUAAAAUGUCUCACAUUUGUCGGAGGGAAGAGAUUUUUCUGCUGGUCAUGUUUUCUCAGAUGAUACAUUCAGAAUAAAAAAGUAGAUUCUGACCCAUCA